GACACCGGAAAUCGUCGAAAACGGAGUGUGGAGCUGUUUUGCUAAAAGCUGUUAGCAAUUGAACUUUGAAAUCCCCUAUUUUUGUUUAGUUUUUUACAGGUCCCAAACAAAAGAAAGGGAACAUGUCUGACAACGAAGGAGAUUUUGAUGAUGGAGACUUUGAUGAUGCUGAAGAGGAUGAAGGGUUAGAUGACCUGGAAAACGUAGAAGAUGAUGACCAGGAGAAUGUGCAGAUCCUGCCUGCAGGGGAGGGGUCACAAGCCAACCAGAAGAGGAUCACAACUCCUUACAUGACCAAAUACGAGAGGGCCAGGGUCCUGGGAACACGUGCCCUCCAGAUAGCGAUGUGUGCCCCAGUCAUGGUGGAGCUGGAAGGAGAGACAGACCCUCUACAAAUUGCUAUGAAAGAGCUCAAGUGCAGGAAGAUCCCCAUCAUAAUCCGACGGUACCUUCCUGACGGUAGUUAUGAAGACUGGGGCUGUGAUGAGCUCAUCAUCACGGACUAAGUCCUGUCCAACUGGUUUCACAGAGGUGCCAGACCAUCUCGCAACCUACUGCUCUGAUACAAGUGUACACCUUGGGCCCAGCAAAGAGUUAACAGCAAAUAAGGUUUCAUUUAGGGCUGAUUUCUUGUUUUGUCUAAUCUUGUGUUUCUGCUUGGUUGAUAAGAAACCCUUAAUCUAUCCUUAUUUGUCCGCAUGGACUCCCCCCGGCUCUGGCCCAAUCAGAUCCACGACUCUGGCGAGAUGAAGACUCAUGUUGUCUAGAACUGGACGAUGUGGCCAAAGUUCUGCAAGGCAAGAAACUAUUAGGAUUUUUGGUUUAUCGUCCCAGCGUUAAUGAAAUGACAGUCUGGUUUAUUGCUGGUAUUCUAACUGUAUUACCGCUGUCUUCCACAAGGGGGAAUUGUGACUCAAGUCUACAUUUACAUUGUUUUAUAGAAAUGUGUUUUAAUUAUGAACGUAUUGUUUCGUGGUAUGGAAGAGCAUUUGCUGUCAUGGAGAUGUUUGUUUUAUUGUUGUAAUAAAAUUGUUUU